AUGGUAGUGGUCAGUUUGAAAGGUUCUUACAUGGUUAAGCCAGCAGAGCCAACAUGGAAUGGUACUCUCCUCUUAUCAGAAUGGGACCAAAUUGGCACCAUUACUCAUGUACCAACUAUCUACUUCUAUAAAUCGCCUCCACAGGAGUGGCUCACGCCUCCUGACACCAUCAUCAAAACCCUAAUAGAUUCACUGAGCAGGGCGUUGGUGCACUUCUACCCAAUAGCAGGACGUUUGCGCUGGAUAGGCGGAGGACGUCUCGAGCUCGACUGCAACGCCAUGGGUGUUCAGCUCAUGGAGGCCGAGUCCGAGGCCAAACUAUCCGAUUUCGGCGACUUCACUCCAUCUCCGGAGUUCCAAUACCUCAUCCCUGAUGUGGACUACAAAGUGCCCAUUAGUGAACUGAGUUUGUUGCUUGUGCAGCUCACUAAGUUCAGCUGCGGUGGCAUUAGCCUCAGCUUGACAAUAUCACAUGCUGUUGUUGAUGGACAAACGGCCAUUCACUUCAUCUCUGAGUGGGCUAAGCUCGCCCGUGGCGAGCCGUUGGGUGUGCCACCAUGUCUUGAUAAUAAAGCUUUCCGAGCCGGGGAGCCACCCCGUGCAACUCCUCGCUUUGAUCACUCCCAGUUCGAUCACCCGCCGUUUUUAGUCGGUCAGACAAGCAAUGUGGAGGAGCGAAAAAAGAAAACGACAAUAGCCAUGUUGAAAAUGACAAAAGAUCAAGUUGAUAAAGUCAAGAAAAAGGCGAACGAAGGUCAAAUCAUUGGGAGUGGACAUGCUUACACUCGUUACGAGGCCAUAACUGGCCAUAUCUGGAGAAGCGCAUGCAAGGCCCGCCAGCAUAGAUUUGACCAGCCAACUGCAUUAGGGGUGUGCGUUGAUUCGCGCACCCGUAUGCAACCGCCUCUGCCCCCAAAGUAUUUUGGUAAUGCAAUUCUCGACGUGAUUGCCACCGGACAUUCCGGCGAGAUAGUGUCGAGACCACUGGGUUAUGCUUCGAGUAGGAUUCGGGAGGCGAUUGAGACGGUGACGGAUGAGUACGUGAACUCGGCGAUUGAUUUUUUGAAGAAUCAACCGGACUUGACUAAGUUCCAAGAUCUUCAUGCACUAGGGAGUGACAAAGGGCCCUUUUACGGGAAUCCAAAUCUUGGGGUGUCAAGCUGGUUAACCCUACCCAUGUUUGGCUUGGAUUUUGGGUGGGGGAAGGAGUUUUACAUGACUCCGGGGACUCAUGAUUUCGAUGGUGACUGUUUGAUCCUCCCUGGUCAUGGUGAAGAAGGGUCCUUGGUUGUUGCAGUGUGUCUUCAAGAGGUCCAUAUGGAAGCUUUUAAGAAAUUCUUCUAUGAAGACAUUAUCAUAUAG